GGGAAAAAAGGAUUUACAAGUCGAGAAAGAAACAUGAGGACUGGUUUCAAUUGAACUAUGAGACAGUUAUUAGUGUCACUCUGCUGAAGCAGCAUGACCAACUCAUUUUAAUAAUUAUAUACCAAAUAACUUUGUUUCCACUCUCAAGUCUGUGCAGGUUUGUUUAACGUUUGUUUGUGAAAGUCUGCUUAUUGUUAUGCUUAGGGUCCGUAGCAGGGUUGACCCAAUCCAACCGGGGCUAGACCCGGCCAAGGGGGAUCAACGAGCAAACCAAAUGGCCCAAAUAAAUGGCGAAGAUAACGAAGAAGAGGGAGGAGAAGAAGAGGAGGACGAGGAUGAAGAAAAUCACGGAGAAGGGGGGAGAGAAGAAGAGGAGGAGGGAGAAAAAGAAAAAGAUGACGAAGAAGAGGGAGAAAAAGAAGAGGAGGAGGAGGAAGAAAAUGACGAAGAAGAGGGGAGAGAAGAAGAGGAGGAGAAGGGAGAGGAAGAAGAUGACAAAGAAGAGGGAGGAGAAGAAGAAGAGGAAAAGCAGGACGGGGAAGAAAAUGACGAAGAAGAGGGGAGAGAAGACGAGGAGGAGGAGGAGGAGGAAGAAAAAGAAGAAGAAGAACAAGAAGAACACAAGGGAGUUCAACCACCAACGAAAAGAAGCUGCACGAUUCAGUUUCUCACCAAGACAGAUUCAAAACAGAGAGAUGUGGCGGCGACAAGAGCGACCAUCCUCACGGACGGUCGUAAAUCCAUCACUCCUGAUCAGAUCGUCAACUUUUUGGCAGCCGGAUCUUCAGGGGCGUACCUGUUGAGGACAGUGCAGAGGGACGGUGUUGAGCCGGAAACGGCUGGUGUGGUUGUGACACGGUGGAAGAAGGUGUUCGAUGACUUCGGCGUCGAAAAUGUCAAUGCGAUUUGUACGGACUCCGCAGGGACAUACGUCGCGGCUGCGAAGCUCCUUGCGCAGAACAAGGAUCUUCAAUACAGUCGCAUCACUUGGCUUCCGUGUGCGGUGCAUAUCUGCAACUUGACGUUGUCAGACAUCGGCAAGGAUGGGCGAGAUGGUGUCGUUGGACACAGGGAGGACACGAUCAUCAGAGCAAGGGCGGUCGUGCGAUUCAUUCGGUCACACAGGGCCGCCCUCACCCUUUUCAGGCGAUUCUCCACGCGUCACCCUGCCAAAGGGCAGACAACAACAUCCUCGGCUUCGGGCGUCACGGUGGAUGCGGCAGCAGGUCAGAUUCACUGCGUUCUGGGACGACGUCGAGGACGUUGUGGAGUUGAUGAUACCUGGGAUGCAGUUGCUGCGCAAACUCGACCGUGGGGGCACGUGAUGUCACGCUUGUGGUCAUGGUCGGAGAGGGUCAUCCAGAGGGUUGCUCAGGCGCCCACCAGACGCACCAGUCGAGCAGAGCUGGACGCGCUUGUAAGAGGUUUGCAGGCGCGGAGGAGGCAUAUGUUGGAGCUUACUCAUUGCAUGACCCACCUCCUCAACCCGCGCCACAGGAGUAUUGCUUACUUUGAGGGGGCGCGGAUGACAAAUCAACAGAGGGAGUUGGCAGAGGAGUCGGACAUUUACAUUCGACAGCAGGCGGGAUCGGACAGACAGCUGUAUCAGGAUUUGAGGACAGCUUUGAGGGAGUUUCACAGCCGAGAGGGCGAUUGUGCAUAUGGCGGUUGUGACGAGGACCGAGAUGCGGAGACUUGCAGGGGGGAGAAGGAGAAAUCGGCGGUUGCUCAUUGGUGGGUGCAGUGGGGGGACGGCGUGCCUUUGUUGCAGAGUAUCGCUGUUCGCCUGAUACACACGUGGACAUGUGCCUCUCCUGUGGAGAGGAACUGGGCUGUCCACGAGCGCGUUCAGGUGAAGCGGCGAAACAAGCUUGGUUUUACCAAGCUCACUCGUUUGGUGGAGAUAUCCACCAACAUGAGACUGCUUCGAUGCCACACGAGGGGUGUGGGGUACGUUCUGCCAUGCGAGGACGAAGGCGUCGUCGCGGAGGAGGAGAGACCGGAGCCCCGUGACUCAGGAGUCUGCCCCGCGGACAAGGUUACUGAGGAGCAGCUGCACAGACAGUUGUGGAAGGGGCAGAAGGAUUCCCUCACUCGACAGCCUGCGAGCGUAGAGAGAUACUUUGGCAGGCGAGCGACCAUUCUUCUGCCACAUGAGGAGGAGUCCGUGUACGACCCAGAGCCCGACCCUCUCGCGCAGGAUGAGAUUGAGGAGGAGCCAUGGUCUGAUCCCGAUGAUAUGGAUGAGGAGUUGGGCCGGUCAUCCGACAAUGACGCCCCCCUGACAUGGUUGCGUCGUCAGACGCUUGAGUCGACCACGACCCGUCCUCGUCUUUCGCCUCACUGACGAGAUAGUGUUGCGCCUUGACCUGC